GUAAAGAACUUGUCGAUCUGCUCUACCAGUACUCCAAGAACAACCUGGCCCUUGUCAACGUGUACAUAAAGAAGCCCGUGGUUACAAAGAUCAAAAGAGACCAGAAGAUUCCUGUGAUCUGGUUUGUGGCAAACUCCGGGGGAAUUCUGGGACUUUGUAUGGGAUUUAGUAUGGUCACGGUUUUUGAACUUGUUCACUACAUGUUGGUCUGUUUGUGGAAUGGAAUAACAAACGAAAUCAAGAGGGAGGAAAAGUUUUGCUGUUCCUUGGUUGGGAAACCACAAGAGAACACAGAAGAAAAGAGUUGUAACCUAGAACUAUCAAACUCUAGCAAUGGUAACAUUUUUCACUAUCAAGAUAUACAGAGAACAAGAAAGUUGUGGAAUAAAUGUUGUCUUUGUUCUUCUUAA